UCCAUCCAUCGAUAAACGCGUCGCAAGUUUAUAUUGAUCGUCGUGGGCGGAUUUAUAGGUCACGCUCAAAAUGAGUCUCAAAAACGGGACAAAAAUGUCCCAGCGCGAGAAAUUCGAGUUAAUUAACUCAGAAGUGCGUUCUUUUUACGAGUACUGCAAAGAAGCGGGAAUGACUGACGAGGAAAUGGAUUUAAUUUGCCGGCCACUGACGAAUGCAGUGCGGAAGGCGUCUAUCAGAAGAUGGACGAGGGUUUUUAUGUUUCUGGUGAUGGUAAUGGCCAUCGGGUAUACCGUAAGCCAGACGGAAACUUUUCAAUGGCACGCGUCGGCCGUGGCGCGGAUCGUGAUGAUCAAAAUCCUGCCGUUCUGGGACUGGACGCCAUUGUACUAUAACAAGUGUGUGGUGGACCGCUCGCAGCCGCAUAAUCUGGACAACCUGGCGUCUGCCGCGGACUGCAUCGCCUGCGAAGCUGUCAGAUCCAUCGUCCGCGUAUCCGACACCAAUUACAACGAGGUGUUCAACCACCACCUCCUCCGCGGCGCCCCAGUGAUCGUCACCGACGCCCACUACGACUGGUCCGUCUCUCGAACCGAACUCAACUUGACCAACCUCAUCAGCGGAGACGAACGUCUCAGAGACUCCGUACCUUGCCGGGUCUUGACCAACGUCAGAAUCGGCCGACAGCCCAUGGAUUUAGAGGAGAUAGUCUCCAGAAUCACCAACACUAACAUCCCUAGCUGGUUCGUUCAUUUUCAGAACUGCGAUAUCAGGGCCGUUAAAUCUUUUCGCAUCCUUGCUCCUAGACCUUAUUUCCUUUCCCCUCACAUCCCUCCUUCACAUUUCAACUGGCUUCUCCUCUCAAAGAGCUACGACACGCAUAGAUACAAGUACUUGGAACUUGAUGUUGGGUUGAUCAUAAUGUCACAACUGAAGGGAAAGUCUUGGCUGCAGUUGAAGCCUAGAGCGCCUUGCGAGGAUGACUGUUUCACUCUGAACUUCGAAUUGAGUGAGGGGGAGACGUUGGUACUUGGGAAUUCGCUGUGGGAGUUCGAAUAUUUGCCGGGCAAAGGGGAGAAUGUUGCGAUGAUCACUGAAACCGACUGGGUUGAGUCGUAAACGAAUUUAAUCUUUCGGUGUUGUGGUAGCGGUUUGUUUGAAUAAGUUUUAUGAAUUGCUGGACUGAAGUACAUAUAUGCUUUUGAUUGUGUCAGUAAUGGUAUGGAUAUAUGAAAAUGCAUAGGUAGUCUACUCUACAUUUUAAAAAGUGGCGGUUCGUUUGGCCAAUCUCCCCAAGUGUGACAGUGACAUCUUAGCUUGACUUGCGUUGUAGCGCGCGUCUCUAAGGUACUUGAAGUUGCGCGUGACAUAUGGACUCGCACGCGACAACGCAAGUUGUGCUAGAGUUAGACCAAGAAAAGUCUGCAGCGAUUUUGAUAGCCCACGCAGUGCAAGUGUUAUUUAUACGUCAUAAUUUCAUAGAAGUUUGAAGUUUAAAACAACACUUGCACUGUGUGGGCUAUCAAAAUCGUUGCAGACUUUUCUUUGACUAACACUAGCAUUCUGGUUUUGUACUAAAAUGACACUUGAAAUGGACAGAUUGGCGUAUCGAAGUGUUACUAAUGCAUUUGAAAAAAAAAAAUAGUUUAGACCCCAUUAACAUUUAAUCAAUAAAUUGAUAACAUGGGGUUUCAAAGUAAACGUGUGAAGUACUUCAAUAAUCUACAUUAAAAGUUUACGAUUACAUAAAAUACGUAUUAUAUAAUAACCGUUUUCGAAUAAUAUACAUAGAAUACUAAGUCAUAACAGCGUAUAUAGACUGAAUUGUUGAUACAUAUCGACACAUGUACCAUCACUACCAUCGCAUCACAUUCCAUUUUGUAACUUAUUCAUAUAGACAUAAGAUUUAUUGUUAAAUAACGAGCUUUAGUACCACGUUUACUUCAUUCGAAGUCUAAUAGGGUGAUUUUGAAAAGAUCCGGUGAAUGCUGGUACUAUAAAUAAAUAUAAAUCUGCUGGCAGCAAGGGAUUUGUUGUUUGCCUUUACGGAGCCAUUAACCUUUUGGAUGCCAAUGACCGAUAUAUCCGCAGGUCCAACGCCAAAUACGGAUUAAUCGGUCACAGACCAUAGAGCAACAUAGACCUACGUGCAUAUGCAUAAAGUUCAAUUUCAGUUUUGACACUUCGGUGGCGUGGCGUCCGCGUGACAGCUUUUGUUGACACGGCGUCGAAAAGGUUAAAAAAAUAUCUGUAUCUGUCUGUGUGUCUGUGUGUGUGUCUGGAGAUAUACCGAUAGUUAGAUAACAACGAAAGGCGUCAACCGGAGAUCAAUGCCUCUAGGCUUUGAGGAGAAAUAAACGUGGUGCUAUUGAUGUAAUCAGAUAUAUUAUUAUUAUAUUAAUAUAAAGCAAUAACAUUUUCAACCUGAGCCUCAUCGGAUAAUCUUCGACGAUGGAAUACUUACCUACUAUACUAUAGCAUCUAUAACACUAUUAAGUAUUAUAAUAUCCAACGGAUUAUUAAUACUGUAUUAAGAUAAACCUAGCGGCAUACAUUUGGAGCACCUUGGCUAUAGCGCAUUUUGCUUAUGAUUUAAAACAUUUUAAAGUAAAUAAUUUUCUAAAUAUCUAGCCGUCCAUACAUCAAAACACAUGCCAAUAUAAAUGCAAUUUCUAUUUGACAAUAUAAAGAUUCAAAAGAGAAUGGAAUGGGAGACUUUUAUAGGCCCCACAUCUAGCGUCUUUCGAGCGUCGACGUCUACAACUCCAUGGCCGCUGCUCGAUGCAACGUCGACGCAACUGCGCAGCGACGUCAUUUUCCAUAGCGCUGACCAGACGCCGACAGACGCCGACGCUCGAAAGACGCUAGAUGUGGGGAGGGGGGGCUAAAAGUCAGCUACAGUGAGCUGCGAAAGUGCAUAUCCACUUUAUGAAUGGAAUGGAAAAAAUGUUAAUAUAUAUUUGACGUCGCCUAUAGGUACCUACGUACCUACAUACUUAGAAGCCUCAAACUGAAAAAUGCAUGGAACUCAAGUUCUUCUAAGUCAAAACUCUUCUAGAAGUGAAGUUGUAGCUCUAAAUGUUUGCUGCUUACAUAAAUUAUUCAUAUAUUAAGCAUUCACAUAACACUUGUAACUUGCACGGACUUAGAAUACAUUUUGAUUGUGACGGGUAUUCAGUAUUACAUAUUAAUAUAUUAUAAUGUGAAUCGA